AGUGUCCUCAUUAGCAUGGUUCCGCCCCAGCCCGGACAGGCCGGGCACCUCCCUGGGUCCGGAGGCGGCGGCGGCGGCGGCGCGGUAGCGGCCGGGGACAUGAGUGGGGUGGCAGCAGCGGCAGCGGCCGGGGCGGUAUCCGGACAGGGGCGCGGAAGGGGCCGUCCAGGGGCGACCCCAGCGGUUACGGGCCCCCCGGGCGAGACGCACAAGUUGGUGGUCGUGGGAGGCGGCGGCGUGGGCAAGAGCGCGCUCACUAUCCAGUUCAUCCAGUCCUACUUCGUGUCUGACUAUGAUCCCACCAUCGAGGACUCCUACACCAAGCUGUGCGGUGUGGAUGGCAUCCCGGCUCGGCUGGACAUCCUGGACACGGCAGGGCAGGAAGAGUUCGGGGCCAUGAGGGAGCAGUACAUGCGGGCCGGCCAUGGCUUCCUGCUGGUCUACGCUAUCAACGACCGGCAGAGCUUUAACGAAGUGGGCAAGCUGCACACGCAGAUCCUGCGAGUCAAGGACAGAGACGACUUCCCCAUCGUGCUGGUGGGCAACAAGGCCGAUCUGGAGACCCAGAGACAGGUACCCCGUUCUGAAGCCUCGGCCUUCUGUGCCUCCCGCCACAUAGCCUAUUUCGAGGCCUCGGCCAAGCUGCGGCUCAACGUGGACGAAGCCUUUGAACAGCUGGUUCGGGCUGUUCGGAAGUACCAGGAGCAAGAGCUGCCCCCCAGCCCCCCGACGCCCCCCAGGAAGAAGGCUGGGAAUGGAGGCUGCCCCUGCCUCCUCCUCUGAGUCUUCCAUCGCAGGACAGCCUUUGGGAGAUGGCCCUCGGCUCUCCCCCUGGCGUGGAUGGGUGGAUGGAGCCUCCCUGUGGCGCCCCCUCCCCUCCACAUCCUGUUACACUACAGCCAUCAGGCCCCUGGCAUGGGGUCACCCAGUGCCUUCCUCACAGCGCUUACCUUCCCCUCCCUCCCCGCCGCUUGGACAGUCCCCAUCCCUCUGGUCUACACCCUGCUGCCCCCUCAAUAAACAUCACUGCCAAUACCA